CACUGGGUACAUAAGACUACUUGUCAGGAAUCUACUUCGAGGAUAAUAGCAUAUCCAGAUUCCAAGCUCCCACAAGACGACCGGCACCUGGUUAAUUUUCGAGCAGGUAAAGGAACUUUAGCUUAAAAUGACAGGAGAAUUGUACUGUUGUGCCAUUUCCAAGGAGCUGGGCCAUCCCUUCCACUUCCCUGGUUGUCUUCUAUAUUGGCCCAGGCAGGUGCUCAGAGCCGCCCUGUGCAAAGCGUGAUCCAAGGGACCAUGGCUGGAGCGAUGAUGGUACAAGGGGGACCAUUCCCUGGCUGCUGAUGCCCAUCAGCAUCCGAGUGUAAUCCAUUCAGAUCCAUACCAGAUUUCCCAACAACGUGAUGCGUGAAUCGAUCUCCAACCUGUGGCAAACACUAUUGAGUGUGUGUGUGUGGAAGAAUGACUCAUCCGCCACUAUACCGAUGUUUCCUCUGCAUCCCAAGUCUCUGAGGUUGAUUGAGUCCUUGAAUUCAGGUACAGUUGCCCUGCGACUAUAAACAACACCUUGACUUCUUUCGAGGAACAAGGACAAGAGAGUACAAAAGAAAAACAAAGAUGGGGAGAAGGCUAUGAAUAACAGGCAUUUGAUCUGGGAAGAUGGGUAUUGUGACCAGAACCCGGGCAUGCCUAGAUCUAAAGUUUCAGAGUUGCUACUUAAGGAACAGGGAGUGAUUAAAAGCACCGACUCGUUCUUGGAGUUAGGCUGUCAAGCAGAUGAUGGACUAGGUGUUCUGGUUCACAAGAUUAUGGCAUCCCAGGUCCAUGUUGUUGGAGAUGGGUUAGUAGGACAUGCAGCUUCAAUGGGAAAACAUCAGUGGAUCAAUCAGAAUAACCUUGAUAAAUUUGGCUUCGUAUCCAAGGGUUUUGCUGAUAUGAACUGCCAAGUUUUAGCAGGCAUUCAGACAGUCGUAGUUGUUCCUGUGCUUCCCUUUGGAGUCAUACAACUUGGUUCUACCCAAAUGGUUCUGGAAAACAUCGAGUUUGUUGAUCAUGUGAAAAGUUUGUUAAUAAAGCUAAAGUGUGGACCAAGGGCUCUUUCAUCUGAUAUCACUCAGAAAGCUUUGCAGGAAAAAAGUCAAAUAUAUUCUUCACCUGGCAAGCUGAUUUCUGGUUGCCAAUCUACAGAUGUUUGCACUAGGGUAGACAACAUAUGGCCUAUCACUGCUGGUGGAUGCUGCUCUGGGCUCACCAGUCCUCCUGCUCCAAAAUCUUUUACUGAAUCCUUAUCUUCAGUAUCAUCACAAUUAAAUAAAAAACAUCAGUCCACUGUUCGUGAAGUGAUGUCAAGCAAACAGACACUGAAAACCACAGAUACUUUAGGUAAAUCCCCUGUGCAAAGUACUCAGGACAGAUUUUGCAAACUAGAUAUGGACCGUGUCCGGCAGGUACCACCAGCUGAUAUGGGCUCUGAAUGUCAAAAUGAGUCUUCUACUUUGAACUCAGUUCUCUUAUCUGAUAGCUUGAAAGCCCUGGAAGAAGAACUCAUGUUAACAUCAGCUCUGGGAGCAAUAGAAACUACCAACAAUUUACCUACUUCACUGGAAGAGGCCAAGAAUUCUCCAUUAAAUCUUAAAAGUGUAUCAUCCAACAAUUCGGAUAAACUUGGUAGUGUUGGUUUUCUUUCCUUUGGAGUUAAUGGAUGCUCAAAUUCAUGUGCUAAUGUAUCUGCACAUGGGAUACCUCCGGUUCUACUCCAAACAAGCUAUUCACUCAGAAAUCCGGGUAUUUCAGAAGUUUCUGAGACUGACCAGCCUUUCCCCAUCAACAAAGUUUCUCAUGGUGUGUCAAAUGCAGGAACACUAAAAGAAAACAAUGAUUUAGUUGAAGCUUCUUGUAUCCUAUCAUCUGGAUCUGAUACGCGGGCUUCUUGCUCAGACUUGCUUCCUGAAAUUUUUCAAAGCAAUCUAGAUCUUGUUUGGCGAGAUCAAAGAUGCAAAAAUGUUUGUCAUGAGCCAAAUGUUACUUGUCCAGUUGAUAACUGUAGUAAUGUGCAAUAUUUGACUGAAUACAAGCCUCUACAUACACCAAAGAAUGAUACUUUACUGUUGCCUCUGGAAUUUGCUUCAAGCUGUGAUCUAUUUUCUAUGUUGGGUUUUGGCCAGAGGACACAUUGCUCAAAUGGCAGUUUGGAUGAUGUUUUAGAGCAUAAGGACAGCGCAAGUUCUUGCAAACUGGGUACACAUAUGCCUAAGCUCCCAACAGAUUCAGAUGCUUGUCCUGUCGUUGGUUCGAGUGAUCAGAUAUCUUGUUCUGGGCUAUUUUCCGCAGCUGACAGUGAUCAACUACUGGAUGCCAUAGUCUCAAAGGUCAACCCAAAAGCCAAGCAGGAGACAGAUGAUGACCUUUCUUUUAAGGCUUCCUUAUCCAAAAAUCAUAGUUCUCAUUAUGCUGGAUCUCCUGAUCAUGGCCAAGUACACUUGUCAAAGCAAAGCAAAGAUGGACUUGUUGGUUUUCUUCCCGUACCAGUGAAAACUGAGCCUGCAAGCUCAAGUUAUGGCAAAUCUUCAUGUAGCUUUGAGGAAGUUGGAGAAUACCCUCAAAAUUCUGGGCUUCAUAGAUCUCAGAUCAGCGCAAGGGUUGAAAAUAUUCAGAAUGUUAAAUAUGAGUUUGUGUCAGAUUCAGAUAGCAAAAAAGUUGCUGACUUAGGCAAGUUGAAUCGUAAGAGGCCUAGACCUGGAGAGAGUCCUAGACCAAGACCCAAAGAUCGACAGAUGAUACAAGACCGUAUCAAGGAGCUUCGAGAAAUAGUGCCAAACGGCUCAAAGUGUAGCAUUGAUGCUUUACUGGAAAAGACCAUCAAGCAUAUGCUCUUCUUGCAGAGUGUAACAAAGCAUGGUGACAAACUGAAGGUCACUGGCGAACCCAAGAUCAGCAAUAAGGAAGGUGGUUUGCUCUUGAAAGACAACUUUGAGGGAGGUGCAACAUGGGCAUUUGAGGUUGGAACUCAACCUACAAUCUGUCCCAUUGUGGUGGAGGAUCUGAACCCACCUCGUCAAAUGCUUGUAGAGAUGCUCUGUGAGGAUCGGGGUUUCUUUCUGGAGAUUGCUGACUUCAUCAGGGGAUUGGGACUGACCAUCUUAAAAGGGGUGAUGGAAGCACGGAAAAAUAAAGUAUGGGCACGUUUCGCCGUGGAGGCAAACAGGGAUAUGACGCGGAUGGAGAUAUUCCUUUCACUAGUUCAACUGUUAGAACCUGCAUCUGAAAGUGUCGCGGCACCAUCAUCAGCUGCUGCUAACAUCAACACAGCACCUACCGUGUUCCACCAAACUUCAGUGCCUGCAAGGGUCGUCUGAUCAUCUUCAGCGAGAGUAAUCAGCACCGUCAUUCCAUUCGGAAAAAGGCUAAGAGCGGGGUCAGCUUCUCCUGCCAUGACUAGCUUUCCAAAAUCCACUGGUCAGGAAAGACAUUCUUGUUCAGGGCUAUUCCAGCUCCAUUGUUGGCAAGCCGAAGCCCUUUGGUCAGCUUUUGUGGAUGCUCAUUUCUCCUAUCUUCAUGUUCACUUCCUCAAAGAAAGUAACCUUCUUGGCAUCUCUUGUUUGGAAAGCCAGAGAAGUGAAUACUCUUUUGCUUCUUGUGGUAACUUGGUGAACUUGUUUGGGAAGGAAAAGAAGUUAAGAGAACAUCGGCAUCCAUGAAUGAGAAUUGGGAUAAGCUAUUUUUAUGCUGUCAA